AUGUCUGUCCCCUCGAUCCCCUCCACAGAGCCUAAGCUCGCAUACGACCAAGACGCAGCCCUGGACCUCCAGCGCCAAAUCGACAGCAUGAAGCAGCAAAUCGGCAACUCGAUCUUCGACACCUACCAGACAUCUCUGACAGGGCGGUACUGCUCCAAGGAGAUGUCGCAACUUUUCAGCCAGCGCAGCCGUCACAGCACGUGGAGAAAGCUCUGGCUGUGGCUCGCUGAGUCAGAGAAGGAGCUUGGAAUCGAGAACAUCUCGGAUGAGGCUCUGCAGCAGAUGCGCGACCACCUGAUCGUUUCUGACAGCGACUUCGAGGUUGCGAGAGUUGAGGAGAAGAGGAGGAGACACGAUGUCAUGGCUCACGUACACGCGUUCGGCGAGGUCGCGCCGAAGGCAGCGGGUAUCAUUCACUACGGCGCAACAAGCUGCUAUGUGACUGAUAACGCUGAGCUUGUGCUGAUGCGUGAUGCCAUGAGCCUGCUCCUUCCUAAGCUCGCCAAGGUCAUUGACAACCUCUCCAAGUUCGCCCUGCAGUGGAAGUCUGAGCCUACUCUGGCCUACACCCACUUGCAGCCCGCUCAACUGAUUACCGUCGGUAAGCGAGCGGCCCAGUGGGCGCAGGACCUCCUCAUGGAUCUUGAGGCCAUCGAGCACGUCAAGGAGGGUCUCCAAUUCCGCGGUGCUCAGGGCACAACCGGAACCCAGGCAUCUUUCCUCGAGAUCUUCAACAACGACUCGCAGAAGUGCGACCAGCUGAACGAGAAGCUCUGCGAGAAGGCCGGCUUCAAGAGCUGCUACUCUGUCUCAACACAGACCUACACUCGCAAGGUCGACCAGCUGAUCGCCAACGCCAUCGCCGGACUCGGUUCCUCCGCCCAGAAGAUUACCGGUGAUAUCCGUCACCUGGCUGCAUGGAAGGAGCUCGAGGAGCCCUUCGAGAAGGACCAAAUUGGCUCCUCCGCCAUGGCCUACAAGCGCAACCCCAUGCGCUCCGAGCGCGUCUAUGCCUUGUCCCGCGAGCUGAUGUCCAAGCCCGCAUCCUUCGCCAACACCCUUGCGGACCAGUGGAUGGAGCGCACGCUCGAUGACAGCGCCAUCCGCCGCAUCGACAUUCCCGAAAUGUUCCUGUUGGCCGACGCCAUCCUUCUCUCCCUCGACAACGUCACAUCCGGACUUGUCGUAUACCCCAAGCGCGUCAACGCGCGCGUCCAGGAAGAGCUGCCCUUCAUGAUCACCGAGAGCAUCAUCAUGAAGCUCGUCGCCAAGGGUGAGUCAAGGCAGGAGGCGCACGAGCAGAUUCGUGUUCUGUCGCACCAGGCGGGUUACAACGUCAAGAACGAGGGUGGCCAGAAUGAUCUUGUCGAAAGGAUCCGUCAGACGGAGUUCUUCAAGCCGAUCUGGGGUGAUUUGGAUAACAUGCUGGAUGCGAGUUUGUACACUGGUCGUAGCUCUGAGAUCGUGGAUAAGUUCUGUGGACAGGGCGGUGUGCUGGAGAAGGCGCUGCAGUCAUACAGGGAGUACGUUGAUAAGGCUGGUGUUGCGGAGCUCAGCGUAUAG